UUCGUUCCUCCUUUUUCGUUGAAGAGAAAGCUGACUUUGGUUAUUAGCUCUUGGCUGUACAAAGCCCUUCUCUCUUUUCUUCAUCUGUAGUUACAGCAGAUUCUUAAAAGGAUCUGCGAACAAAUCUCUCUCUCUCUCUCUCUCUCUUCCCUUUUCCCUUUUUCCUUCCUCGGCUUCUGCUAUUGAUGAUUGAAUUGCAGAGCGCCUGAAGGGUUCCAAGGGGGAGAAGAAGCAGUCGUGGAGUCGCCGGAUCUUUGAGUUGAAGUCAGCCAGCCGCACAAGUGUAAACCGGAGAAGCAGCUCCCCUUGUCGGCGUUAGUCAAUCCAGGCGGUGGAGAAAAUGGCGAGUCGGGUUAAGGAGGACGAGAAAAAUGAGAGAUUAAUCAGGGGGCUUCUCAAGCUUCCGGACAAUCGGAGAUGCAUCAACUGUAACAGUCUGGGACCGCAAUAUGUUUGCACGAAUUUCUGGACAUUUGUCUGCACAACCUGUAGUGGAAUUCACCGGGAGUUUACUCACAGAGUAAAAUCAAUAUCGAUGGCUAAAUUCACCUCCCAAGAAGUUGCUGCGCUUCAGGAAGGUGGAAACAAGCACGCAAGAGAAGUUCUUCUGAAAGACUGGGAUGCUCAGCGUAACUCUUCACCUGACAGCAGUAAUGUGGAUAGACUUCGGGACUUCAUUAAGCACGUGUAUGUUGAUAAAAGGUAUACGGGUGAUAAGAACUAUGGCAAACCUCCAAUAAUGAAGACGGAAAUGCUAAUCAUCAUAGUUAAAUCUGUACAGGGUGACAGAGAAGAUGUGGGCUCCCGGAGUCCACCAUACGAGGAUGUCUAUGACCGUCGCUCCAAUGAAAGGUCUAGUCCGGGUGGAAGAAGUGAUGACAAAAACUACAGAUAUGGUUAUGAUGAGAGGAGAAGCCCUGGAUAUGAUCAAGAAGGUAGACAGUACAAUGAUUACAGGAAAAGUCCCGCUCGACCAGAGGUUAUCAACGAUUGGCGUCGGGAGGAUAGAUUUGGAAGUGGAAGGAAAGGUGAGGAUCGUAGAAUAUCUGAUGGAGAUUCGAAAUUGGGAGGCCGGUCACCUGAGCGGCCAAAUGAUGUUUGGGGAUCUAGCCCCCCUGUGGUACGGCCCGUUCGAGAAAUUUUGGGUGAUAGUGUAGUGCCUCUUCGUAUAAGUGAACCACCUAAAGCUAAUGCAGCAAGGGCUGCUGAUGGGUUUGUGGCGACGCAGAGAACUGCCUCUUCAAGCAGCCUUGGGUCUAUGCCUGAGACCCCUGCAGAAGUAAAAGUUGAACCUGCACCAAGCUUAAUCGAUUUUGACUCUGAUCCUGCUCCUGUUGCUGUCGCGGCUGCUCCCCAAGCACAACCGCCAACUUCAACUCUACCUGCUCCACCAACUUCAGCUGCGAGCAAUGACAAUAACUGGGCGUCUUUUGAUUUUGCCCCUGCUCCUAAAGCUUCUGAGGCUCCUGUAAACGCCAGUCCGCUGGAUUCUGUUUUAUCUCAGUUGUCAGCUACACCAUCUGUACCCGGUCCCGCACAAAUUAUUCCUAAUGGUACUGGUACAAUGCCUGUGACUGGCAAUGGUGGUAAUGCCCCUGUUCCGGAGGCUGGGCAAUGGGCCACCGCACAGCAUCAACAACCUUCUUUGACCCCUGCUCAAUCUCCCACUCAACAAUUUCCAGCCGUUGGCAAUCAUUUUGCUGGUCCAUUUUGCAAGCCUUGGAAUUCGUCACUACCCCCUAAUGUACAAGCAACUCUGAAUACAACUCCUGGAGGAGGAACAGUUCCGGGUCCUACAUCUGCACAGCCUUCAACAGCUACUGGAAGGAAAGAAUUACCUUCGGGGUGGCAAACAGGUCCACCUGGUGGUAUGAUGUACCCUAUGCAGUAUGCUAAUGUGCCAGCCCCUAUGCAAUAUGCUAAUGUUCCAGCUCCUAUGCAAUAUAAUAGUGCUGCUGCGCCUAUGCCCACUUUCGUCCAGCAACCCUCGAAAUCGUCAAAUCCAUUUGAUGUGAAUGAGCCAACACCAGCUCAGGCCCAACUUUUUCCUAAUAUGUCAUCCUUGCAAAGUGCUAUACCAAAUGUGGCGCUGCAAUCAGGACUACAACGCACUUCAAGUCUUGAUAACUCUUCACCAGCAACCUGGAUGCCAAACCAGCCAUCACCUUAUCAAUCAGGAUUGCAUACCCAGUUACAAUCUUACGCAACUACAGCGCCCCCAAGGCCAACUACAUCUCAAGUACCGAGUCACAUGCCAUUGCCUGGGUAUGUAUUCACGAACCAUACCUACUGUACCAGUAAUACUAGUGAUUAGCUAAAGUGCAAGCUCAUGGGGUUCGCCUAGUAAUUAAUGGAGAUGAAAAAACUACCCACCUACAGGACUCUUAAUGAUCACACAUAAGUUGAACUUUCCAGAAUCGUACGUGUUGUUUGGCUGGUCGAUUGUUGAGAUUAGAUAGCUUUCUGGAUUUUAUACCAAAUGGUGUGCAGGAAUAUUAAGAGACCAAGUUACCGGUUUUACUAUGUACUUGUUGCUUAUUGAUUCAUUAGUUGGCUUGGGUCCUUUGACUAAUUAGAAGGGGAAUGAUUCUAUUUUUCAAAUUUGCAGGGAAAGAAACUUGUCUCUAACAAAGAGAUUUAGAGAUGUGUCACCUAAAGUGUCAUUCGAAAAAACUCACUCCUAUAUUCAGAUCACUAUACUAUAUCCCACAGUCCACCACCACUAUAGCCUAUCCAAACAUGAAAUUUCUGCCAAAUCCAUUAGCUGAGAGAUCUUUCAAAUCUACCAGCCAAACAACCUCUUGGGAACGUGCUUCUAAACUGACUUUUGCAGUUGGGAUUUGAAACGAUUCCUAGGGCAAAUCCACCAACCGAACCACACCUAGGUUUCUAUGUUGUAGUGGGUAUGUAGUAAACUUCAUAGCUGCUAAAUGCUUCUGAAAUUUACUUUCUACAGACAUCAAGGAAUAGCAGGUUUCGGCGGCGGUGGUGCUGGUGCUGCCUUUGGUGGCUUAAAUUUGGACCAACAUCUGGGUGGCGGAUUCUCGGCUCCAGCUACUACAUUGCAGCCGUUCCCCUCUGCAGGAGGAAACCCUUUCGGAUGAAGAGUGAUAAAUACAAAACAUGGGAGGAAUAUUUCUUUCACCCUAAGUUCAGCAAUUGCAUCAUCUUGUUGCCUAUUGCCAAACGGCUGCUGGGUAAGAAAGUUCCGCCCUUUAACCUCGUCGUGAUCCAGGCAAAUUGUGAACUGCUGGUCUUUUCCUGGGCAACAGGGCAACUGUUCAUAUAUUAGGCAACGGGGAAAUUUUAUAGAUUAUUUGUAACGAGAGGUCUAGGGUUUUCUCUUUUCUUCUUUCGAUUGCGAUUUUCCAUUGUUGUAUUAUUUUUCAUCAGGGGGUAAAAUGUGUGUGCUGUCUUCUACCGUGGAAACUGUACCAUUUAGCUUGUUCUAUUUUAAGUUAAAAUUCUUUGUAGGGGAUAGGUGUUUUUUUCACUUUCAUUUAUCAUCCGAGAUGUGUAUUAUUUCGUAGUCUCUUCGUUCUCGUGGCGAGCUGUUUCGAGUCUGGAAUAUAUUGUAUGAAAUGGACCAGCUGGUCUCCUGCGUAAAGCUUGUGCAAUUGCAUAUAUGUGACA